UCUUGGGAUCAAUCACCAUUAUGGGCGUUUCGACAGCUCCGUCUCCCGGAAGUUGUUUGAGUUGCAAAAUUAAUAACGCUUUUACGCCUUUUUUUUUUAUCUGGUCUGGACUCUCGAGUGUGGUAGGUCAGUGACAAUAGAAGACAGAGGAUGGCUCCUCAGGCUGUGGUCCAGGUGACCCAAGCCUGGCUGCACUCUGCCUGGCAUGUUCGGGUGCCUUUCGCCUGGCUGGAAGCCUGUGUGGAGUGGCUUCAAGAAGAGGCUGGCGGUCCAGACAGUCUGUCGCAGCAGCAAAUUAACCAACAGGCACUUGACCAGUGGCUGUUGACUGACUUAAAGAACUUGGACUACCCGGUUCUCCCUGAAGGACUCGCUCAUGCUCACAAGACAGAGCUCAGCGGUACAUUCUGUGUACAGGUUGACUCAUUACUGGACAUCAGUCAGCCCGCUUACGGUCAGCUACAGCAAUGGAGGGGCACCGACUGCGCCAAUGACAAUGUGACGGCUGUCACGCAGAGCAAUCAGAGGCCGUGGGAGGCCAGAGCCACACGUAUGCUCCUGCUGCAGGUGACGGACGGAGUCCAGAGCUUGGAGGCAAUGGAGUAUCGGCCGAUACCUGCGUUGAGCACUGCUCUGAGACCUGGCGCGAAGCUGCAGCUCCAAGGGCAGAUGAUCUGCAGACUCGGGAUGCUUCUGUUGGGGCCGGGCAACGUGAAGGUCUUGGGCGGGGAAGUGGAAGACUUGGCCGACAACAACAACCAGGGAAAGAUUCUAUGUCGGGUCCUGGGACUUCCCGAAGAGGAGCAGCAGCGGCAGGAGGAAGUCAGGGGAGAAGCUCCACCAUCACACCAAGAUGAUGCCUCAAACCAGAGAGGGGAGGACAUAGACCUAGAUGAUCUAGAACUACUGGCUAGUCUGGAGGCCCAGGAGGAAUUGCAGCAGCAGGUGGCCGACAGGCUUCCGGUUAGACCCGUUGAAGACAGCGGAUACAGGACGCUCAGCCAGUUUUCCUCUCAGUCUUCCAGAGCCUUCGCCGUCCACAGCCUGAGUGCUUCAUCCAGCAGAAGUGAAGCAUCUAUGCCCUCCAACGUGAGCAAAUUCAUUUCAUUCCCAAACGGUCGCGUCAGUAACGAGCAAGAGCAGUCGGUCGUCGGCGUCGAACCCUCGCCUUCUCGGCAAGGCCCGGCGUGGCAGGGUGACGACAACGAUGACUUUCCAGAUGAGGAUUUUACCGACCUCGUGUUGGACAAUAUGGAGGAGGGCGCUCAACCCUCCAUUCCCUCAGCUCCUCCAUGUGAACCUUCUGUGGACCAGGAGGGAGCUGACGUCAUGGAGGACAUGGAAUUUUUGAACACGAGCAUUCAAUCAUAUGGCGAGAGAGCACAAGAUGCAGAGUCCAGCCGGUUACCUGGGAAUGAAGUAGUCGGGAAAGAAAGUGUACUUGAUGUGGAGAGUCACGAGUCAAUGACUGCAGGAGCAAAAACGGAGCCACCCGGUGACAUCACCCUUGCCUCACCCCCGUUUACAUACUUGUGCCUGUUGGACGAUGUCUCCACACCCACUAGCAUAACAAUCAAAGCCUUCAUCGUCACACUCUUGGGAAAACUAAAUGCCAGCGACGGCCUGUGGCGAAUCCGCGCCACGCUUUCGGACGGGAGCGGCUACCUGGACGCCGAGCUGUCGGACCGGGUCCUGACGGGCCUGCUGGGCUUCACGGUGGCCGAGAAGGGAGCGAUGAGGCGCGAUCCGGCCCGCAGGUCCCAGCUGGAUGCCGGCAUGAGGCGUUGUCAGGAAGAGCUGGUGGACAUGUGCUGCCUCAUGACCGUGGAGGUGGGCGGCGGGGGCGGGGGAGCGGUGGUGACCCGGGCCGAGCCUGUCACCGAGGGGGUCUGCCGCGAGCUCAGGCAGAGAGUGCGAGACAGGAAAUGAGAGCGGGAGCAGGGCGGUAAUGAGAGCAUAGACAUUUAACAUGAGCACAGUUCUUUUAAUGAGGACCUAGGUGAGUUUUUUUUUUUUUUUUUUUUUUUUUCCUUUUGGGGAAAUGACUACGAUCAAGCUGGCCUUCUGCUUCCGAUCUGGAGGAGACGACGUGUGAAUCCGUGUCGCAGUGCAUCCCAUCUGCUGCACGCGAAUAUAACACGGCGUCAUUAGAGAGGGAUUUCAUUCAUGUAUUCACGGAGCUAUUUCUCUGCAUGCAAUGGCCUUCAUUUCACCGUGCGCAUUGAAACGUUAAAUUUCGACUAAACGCAGAACUGUAAGGCACAUUUUUGAAACGUGGCGAGAAGAGUGCGGCAGAGGACCCCGGUUUAUAUUCAAAUUGCCGUAAUGAAUUGCCGGCUUUGCAUUCAUUCAUUACAUCCAUUACGUCUCGCUGGGGAAAUAAUUGAAUAUCCAAGGGCAACGCAGGUCUUCAAUAAAGUCGCCCCCGGGGAAGCAAAUAUGAGGAAAGGAAAAUGAGGAAGUGGUCAUGAUUUUUUAUUAUUUUACAGCAUUAACGAGCUCCUCUGUGAUUUUGUCCUAAUGAUUUGUAUGCGCGGCACAAACUGGUUGUUGACGCACUGUUAAUUUUAUCUGUAUACAAUUGUUUGAAAGGUCGUCGGUGUUCUAUAAAUUUAUCUAAUAAAGUUCCAUCGAGUUCUCAAGAUAAGACAAAACGUUUUGUGGUGUCGUUAAGUGCUGCCUUUUGGGCAUUGCGCCACAAAAAGUCAAUGCGAAAAAUGAAAGCAGGAGGCAGGAAUCAAAAUCGUUGGUACUAUUGACAAUCAUUCCUUAUCUGCCAGUGCGCAGGAGCUCGUUGCUGCUUUUCCACAAAUUGAUCACACCACAAUUUGAUGAAUUCAAAUUCAGCUUUGGUCAACGCCGCAUUGGUCCGCUAAGUUUUUGUAGCAAUGGGUAGUGGAUGAAAUGUAUUUGGUGGAACAAUUGUCAAGCGUUGAAGGUCCACUACGUUCACUGGACACUUCAUUUAGUACGUAUGCACAAUCCUGUGAAAUAAUAUGUAAAUAAAAUUAAAACCAUCAACUACCGUAAAUGUGACCAAUCAGUGGAGCACUUUAAGAAUGCAAUAAUUACUUAUUGAAUACGACAGCUGAUUUAACAUGACACCUUUAUGGUUGUUGUUCAACGCUAGGGUGUGGUCUUGUGUCCUACGCAAAUAAAACCAAUGCAAAACUAGUUGCUAUGGUAUUACAGGAGUUCAUAUUUUCUUCAAUUCUACUAUGCAUGGGGGGGGGAAGCAAUGAAAUACCAUAUACAAAAUAACUGUCCCAAAACUUUUGACCUGUGAAUGAGAAUAAAAGCACUUAUAUUUUAUGCCAUUAUGCCCCCCCCUUUUAACCAUUAAAUAACAUCCCUGCAAUUUGAUGACAGCUCAUAUUUUCAAAAUGUAUUUAUUUUUGUUAUGAUUGCACUCAGAAAAUAAAAAUUACACGCAUUGUUUGUAUCGGUAAAUAAAGAUAAUUAUUUGGUAACAAGUGAGAAUUAAGUGCACAAUUUAUAAGGAUAAAGUUGUAAGGGACAAGAAAAGGGGAGGUUUUUCAAGAAAAAUCAAAAUGUCAAGCCAGGUUUUAUUCAUGCGUAUGAAGUAUAAAUAUUACAAGAACAAAAUCUAAAGUCAUUUUCCAGGCAUAAAUAAUUUGUGAUACUAAAGUAUGCUUUGAAAGGUCACAAUCUUAACAAAAUGGCUGCAAUUGCAUGAGAACAGUGAAAGAAAACUAUUUAGAGAUUCCCCCCCCCCCAAAAAAAAAAUGCCAAUAUUAGGUUUGAAAGUUUUAAGUUGCAAGAGGAGUAGACAUUUAGAAAGGAAAUAAGACAUUUUUGAGAAAAUAUGAGAAAAAAAUUAAAAGGUGCAAUUAUCUUAGAAAAAAAGGAAAUAUGUAUGUCAUGAAAGAGGUUGUACAAGAAUUCUUGAGACAUUUGUGAGUUCCUUUGAAAGUCGCUUUUUUGAGCCAGAGUUGAACUAUAAAGAAAUGCAACUUUUACAAUAAUUGUCACAAAUCAUCAUAAAAAUGGAAGAAAGGCAAAGCUUCUGUACAAGAUAAAUGUUUGUGAUUUAUUUUAGAUUUCAUUAGGGUUUAAAUUGUAAGUAAUAACAGAAACAAAUUGGACCUCUUUUAGAUUGUGCAUGCGUACCCAAUGACGUGUUUGUGAGUGUAUGUACAGUUUUGUGUACUGUGCACUUCCAUUCAUGUCACUCGUCUUUCUUCAUUAGGGGCUAAUCGGGUUGAGCCUCUAAUAGCCAGACCCGACUUUGCAUGUUGAUAGCCUGUUUGGUGCUAAUGAGUCUGGAUAGGAU